UCUACCAUCAGAUUCAGCACAAAUGAUGAACUUUCUGCGCCGGAGGCUUUCUGACAGCAGUUUUAUUGCUAAUUUGCCAAAUGGAUACAUGACUGACCUGCAGCGGCCAGAUCCCCCUCAGCCCCCUCCUCCGGUUUCCCCCACCCCAGAAAGGAGGCAGUCAAGCCAGUCCACCGGAAGCAGCUUCUUCAGCUCCAUUUCAAAUGCUGUCAAGCAAACCACGGCUGCUGCUGCCGCCGGAUUAGUGGAGCAAACAUCCACUGGUGCUGCCAAGAAAGCCAAAAUUCUCCUCGUCAUUGAUGAACCUCACACCGACUGGGCAAAAUUGUUCCGUGGAAAAAAGGUCCAUGGAGAAUAUGAUAUCAGAGUGGAACAGGCAGAAUUUGCUGAGAUUAACCUGGUUGCUCAGGCCGAUGGUACCUGCAUGGUGGACAUGCAAGUUUUACGAAAUGGCACAAGAGUUGUCAGAUCAUUCAAACCUGACUUUAUCGUUGUGAGGCAACAUCCCUAUAGCAUGGCAGAAAAUGAGGAUUUCCGGAAUAUUAUUAUAGGACUUCAGUAUGGUGGCCUUCCAAGUGUGAACUCAUUAGAAUCCAUCUACAACUUUUGUGACAAGCCAUGGGUGUUUGCUCAGCUGGUGAGCAUCUACAAAAGCAUGGGCCCAGAGAAGUUUCCACUGAUUGAACAGGUCUUUUAUCCAAAUCAUAAGGAAAUGUUAACCAUGCCUACAUUUCCUGCUGUUGUGAAGAUUGGACACGCUCAUUCAGGCAUGGGAAAGGUGAAAGUAGAAAAUCAUUACGAUUUUCAGGAUAUAGCAAGCGUGGUAGCCCUAACAAACACCUACGCCACAACAGAACCUUUCGUAGACUCCAAAUAUGAUAUACGGAUUCAAAAAAUAGGCAACAAUUACAAGGCUUACAUGAGAACAUCAAUAUCUGGAAACUGGAAAACAAAUACUGGGUCAGCCAUGCUCGAACAGAUUGCCAUGACAGAAAGGUACAGGCUUUGGGUUGAUACAUGCUGUGAAAUAUUUGGUGGGCUGGAUAUCUGUGCUGUGAAGGCUGUCCAUGGAAAGGAUGGAAAGGAUUAUAUAAUUGAGGUCAUGGACUGUACAAUGCCAUUGAUUGGCGAGCACCAGGCUGAAGACAGGGAACUUCUAACUGAACUAAUUUUAGCCAAAAUGAACAAACUGAUACCAAGGACACCUAUUCCUUCACCUCAGAGACCUGCUGCCACACAACAACCGCAGGCAAGCAAAGCAGAAAAAAAUAUUCAUUUAUCUAAUGAGGCACAGACACAACCAGGCUCAUUUCCUCAGCAGCGACCACCACCACAAGGUUGUUUACAGUAUAUUCUCGACUGUAAUGGCGUUGCAGUAGGACCAAAACAAGUCCAGGCUUCCUAA